GCAUUGAUGUUAUACUCUACCAAACGACCCCUUAAAAGCUCUUAUUCCUUCUUUUUGUGAACCAUGUGUUUAUACAACUAAAAGCCAAAGCAGAUAAGGAAAUCACUAAAGAUGAAUUGCUCAUUCAUGAACACCUCCCUUCUUCCUAAGGCUUUGCCGUCUCUUCCUCUUCUCCAUGGAAAACUCAGCAAACCAUCAAUUCCACACAAGGCAUCAAAAGGUAUCAACUUGAAGGCUAUUGAAUGCUUGCCUUGUUCAAAAUCCUCAUUGACUAUUCAAGUUGCAACACUUUUGGCCACUGUAGGUGCUGAGCCGGCUUUGGCAGUGACAGGAGUGAAUAAUGAAGAAGACUUGAUUUGGGUGUUGAUCCAAUUGGCUAUUUCUGCAUUCUUCUAUUUCCUUGUUUGCCCACCUAUCAUAAUGACAUGGCUCAGGAAAAGGUGGUAUAAGAGGGAUCUAUUGGAGAUGUAUUUGCAGUUCAUGUUUGUCUUUAUCUUUUUCCCAGGGAUUCUUCUAUGGGCACCAUUCUUGAACUUCAGAAAGUUCCCAAGAGAUACAUCAAUGAAAUAUCCAUGGUCUACACCGGAAAAUUCAUCUCAAGUUAAGAAUAUGUACAAGAAGUAUCCAUGGGCUACUGAAGAAGACUACGAAGUACUAUAAAUAUAACGAAUAAAGUUCCUUUAACUGAUCAUGUAUAUCUAAAUUUGUGUGAUGAUGAUUCAAUUUACUUUUGUAUAUUCCACUAGUUGGUAAUGUCUUUUUUAACUAUUCAUGCAAGUUGCAAGUUGUUAUUAUCUAGGCAGAAAAAGACAUUGGACCUACCAACUCCAACUAUGUAAAGAUAUAGUGAUUCCAACAAAAAUAAAAUUAGCCACAACUUACUUUUGUCA